GGGGACAGACACCUCCCAGGGCAUCCCCCAGCUCGUCAGCAACAUCAAUGCCUGCCAGGUGAUCGCAGAGGCCGUGCGCACUACGCUGGGGCCUCGUGGCAUGGACAAGCUCAUCGUGGAUGACAGGGGCAAAGCCACUAUCUCCAAUGAUGGUGCCACCAUUCUGAAGCUCCUCGAUGUGGUCCAUCCGGCUGCGAAGACGUUGGUGGACAUUGCCAAAUCCCAGGAUGCAGAGGUUGGUGAUGGGACCACAUCCGUAACUCUGCUGGCUGCCGAAUUCCUGAAGCAGGUGAAGCCCUACGUGGAGGAAGGGCUCCAUCCCCAGAUCAUCAUCCGUGCGUUCCGCACGGCCACGCAGCUGGCUGUGAACAAGAUCAAAGACAUCGCUGUUUCCGUGAAGAAGGAAGAUAAAGAUGAGCAGAGGAGCCUCCUGGAAAAGUGUGCAGCCACAGCCCUGAGCUCUAAGCUGAUCUCUCAGAGCAAGGAGUUUUUCUCCAAGAUGGUUGUAGAUGCUGUCAUGAUGUUGGAUGACUUGUUACAGCUCAAAAUGAUUGGAAUAAAGAAGGUGCAAGGAGGAGCUUUGGAAGACUCGCAGCUGGUGGCUGGAGUUGCCUUUAAGAAGACGUUCUCAUAUGCUGGGUUUGAAAUGCAGCCCAAGAAGUACCAGUCUCCCAAAAUUGCAUUGUUGAAUGUGGAGCUGGAGCUCAAAGCUGAGAAGGACAAUGCUGAAGUCAGAGUCAACACUGUGGAGGACUACCAGGCCAUUGUGGAUGCUGAGUGGAACAUCCUGUAUGACAAACUAGACAAAAUCCACAAGUCAGGAGCCAAGGUUGUGCUGUCCAAACUUCCCAUCGGUGACGUGGCUACUCAGUACUUCGCUGAUCGAGACAUGUUCUGUGCUGGCCGUGUCCCGGAGGAGGAUCUCAAGCGAACCAUGAUGGCCUGCGGUGGAUCCAUCCAGACCAGUGUCAAUGCCCUGUCAGACGAUGUUCUGGGCCGCUGUGAGCUCUUUGAGGAGACUCAGAUUGGGGGAGAGAGGUACAACUUCUUCACAGGCUGCCCCAAGGCCAAGACUUGCACAAUAAUCCUGAGAGGUGGAGCAGAGCAGUUCAUGGAAGAGACAGAACGGUCCCUGCAUGAUGCUAUCAUGAUAGUCAGGAGAGCAAUCAAGAAUGACUCGGUUGUUGCUGGUGGUGGUGCCAUAGAGAUGGAGCUUUCCAAGUACCUCCGGGACUAUUCCAGGACCAUUCCAGGCAAGCAGCAGCUACUGAUAGGUGCUUAUGCCAAAGCCCUGGAGAUCAUUCCCCGCCAGCUCUGCGACAACGCUGGAUUUGACGCCACCAACAUCCUGAACAAGCUUCGAGCCAAGCACGCACAGGGCGGGAUGUGGUACGGUGUGGAUGUCAACAACGAGGACAUCGCCGACAACUUCGAGGCCUGCGUGUGGGAACCUGCCAUCGUGCGCAUCAACGCGCUGACAGCCGCGUCCGAGGCCGCCUGCCUCAUCGUGUCCGUGGACGAGACCAUCAAGAACCCACGUUCCUCCGUGGAUGCCACUCCCGGCGGCCGGGGCCGGGGCCGGGGCCGCCCCCACAACCACUGAGGCCACAGUCCCCACUGGAAUUGCGCUGGGCUGGCGCUCUCGAAGUGAAAAUUAAUUAAUAUCUAGGUUAAUUAAGGAGCUGAUUACCAGAUGGUCAGUUUGAGGGCUUACAGGCAGCCACUGGCUGUGGUUAAUUAGAGUAAAAUCUUGGCCCUGGCAGCGACAGCCUCCUGCGAGCUGCUCUGCCCCAGCAUUUCCCGC